UUUGAACAAAAUUUGAUUGUGUACACUAGUUUUAGAGCAGCUCUAGUUGCAGUGACUUUAAUUCUUUGUUUGCAUGUCCAAGUCACAUGGGGUAUAGAAUUUGACUGAUAGGACCUGAGCCUUGGUGUGUUUGAUCCUCUUGAGUUUUGUCAUUUUGACAACUUCUUCUGAUUAUAUAUAUACAUAUAUAAAACUCGUUUAGUAUCACACCCACAACAGCAAGAGCUCUUGGUUUUCCCUUGUUCUUGGAUAUCCUCUCUCCUCAUCCAGGAAAAUUCUUUCACUUUUGCUUGCUGCUGGAAGAAGAAGCUUGUGUGCCUCCUGGUGUUGUAGAAGCCUGCAAGGGAUAUAUAAUUCAAUUAUGUUAAUGAGCUUCUGAUGUGCACAUAAGAAGAAAAUAAGAAGAAAGAAUCAAUCAUGAAGUUUAUGAAACUUGGAUCUCGGCCAGAUACUUUCUACACUACUGAGGCCGUAAGGUCAGUCUCCUCUGAAGUUUCAAGUGAUCUUAUAAUUCAAGUGAAGGGAAGCAGAUAUUUGCUUCACAAGUUUCCUCUUCUGUCCAAGUGUUUGCGGCUGCAGAGGCUGUGCUCUGAAUAUCAAGAAGCUUCACAACACCAAAUAAUCCAGCUCCAUGAUUUUCCCAGUGGGGUUGAGGCAUUUGAGCUCUGUGCAAAAUUCUGCUAUGGCAUCACAAUCACCCUCAGUGCCUACAACAUUGUAGCUUCUCGAUGUGCCGCGGAGUACUUACAGAUGACUGAGGAUGUUGAGAAGGGCAACCUUAUUUAUAAGCUUGAGGUUUUCUUCAACUCUUGCAUCCUCCAAGGGUGGAGAGACUCAAUUGCCACUCUACAAAACACAAAGGCUUUUCCUUUGUGGUCAGAGGACCUUGGCAUCACAAGCAGAUGCAUUGAGGCAAUUGCUUCCAAAGUCCUAACACACCCUUCAAAGGUUAGCUUGUCACAUAGUUAUUCCAGGAGGGGUAGAGAUGACAUGUCCUGCAAUGGUGCAGAGAGCCUGAGGCAUAAUAAGCCUGCAAACAGAGGAUGGUGGGCUGAAGACAUAGCAGAAUUGGGCAUAGACCUCUAUUGGAGAACCAUGAUAGCUAUUAAAUCUGGUGGGAAAAUGCCCUCUCAUCUGAUUGGAGAUGCAUUGAAAAUCUAUGCAUCUAAAUGGUUGCCCAACAUAUCAAAAAAUGGAUGCGACCAUAAACAAGCAGCAUCUGAUUCAGAUUCAGACUCUGCCAAUGAUUUAACUUCAAAGCAUAGGUUGAUCUUGGAAUCAAUUGUAAGCUUAGUUCCAGUGGAGAAAGGUGCUGCAUCUACUAGUUUUCUGCUUAAACUCUUGAAGGCAGCCAAUAUUCUUAAUGCUUCUUCCUCUUCAAAAAUGGAAUUGGCUAGAAGAGUUGGACUUCAAUUAGAGGAUGCAACAGUCAGUGACUUGAUAAUACCCUCUGUGUCAUAUGAAACCGACACUCGAUAUGAUGUAGACAUAGUUAUGACCAUUUUGGAGCAGUUUUUGUUGCAGGGGCAGAGCCCCCCAACUAGCCCUCCAAGGUCCAAGCUUGGUUUUGAAAGGAGAAGGUCUCGGUCAGCGGAGAACAUUGAUUUUGAAUUUCAGGAGAGUCGAAGAUCAUCUUCAGCAGCACAUAGCUCAAAGCUGAAGGUGGCAAAGCUUAUGGAUGUGUAUCUUCAGGAAAUUGGCAGGGAUGUCAAUUUGUCUCUGUCAAAGUUCAUUGCAAUUGCUGAGGCAAUACCAGAGUUUGCAAGGCUUGACCAUGAUGAUCUCUACAGGGCAAUUGACAUUUAUCUCAAGGCACAUCCAGACCUCAACAAGAGUGAAAGGAAGAGGCUGUGUCGAAUUCUAGACUGCAAAAAGCUCUCAAUGGAGGCCUGCAUGCAUGCUGCACAAAAUGAGCUACUCCCACUAAGGGUAGUGGUCCAAGUUCUUUUCUUUGAGCAAGCUCGAGCUGCCAUGGCUGGUGGCAAAGUGACCGAGCUGCCUAGCAACAUAAGGGCACUUCUAGCCACACAUAACAUUGACCCAUCAAGGCCUCCAGCCCCUUUAAGCACCUCUAGUCUUAUGCCAGCAGAUGACCAAUGGAGUGUCUCAGGUCUCAAAUCUCCCAGGUCCAAGAUGUCAACUUUACGAAUGAAGCUCGCCGAAGACGAUGAUUUGGAUGAAAAUGAUUUGAACCCAGAUGGAAUUGGGAGAAGUUCAAAGCUCAAAGCUCUUUGCUUGCUUCCUGCAAGACCCAAAAGAAUGUUCAGUAAGUUGUGGUCCACCAACAGAAGUACAACCAGUGAAAAGAAUUGAGUGGUUUUUGUUUAAUUUGAUCCACUUGGGUUUGGUUAAUCCAACGAGUAACAUAUUAUACUAUGUUUUUUUCCCUCAUUCCUUGUAACUCACUAGGAACCAAAAUUAAGAAUCCCCAAUGUGCAUUAAUGUUCAUGUAAUCUUUUUAUAAUAAGAAAGAAGAUUUUCAGGACAUGAUCAAGUGCAAAAUGCUUUAGCCUCUAGGUGAAUCUCUAUUAGUUGUAGAUGACCAUUGCGGGACCAGAUUUGUGUUCUUUGUCCACAAAUCUGCAACACCUGUCCUUGUCUCCUUGCUGCACCUCUUUGGAUCCUCACCUGCUAAUCAAAUUUUAU